CUGAGUCCUGCCCCCCCUCCCCCCCCCCCCCGGGUGAGCCGCCCUCACUUGUUCCGUUCCCCUGGGUGUGCAGCAGCAUGCCUGCAUGUUUUGCUGGUAUCCCGACCAGCACUCGCAACAGCAGCGCUAUGGAAGUGAAAGAGAGACGUCCCUACUGCUCACUGACCAAGGGUCGCAAGGAUAAAGAGAGACCCUACGCAUGCUCGUCUGGGGACAGCGGAGACUGCGGCGUAGGCUCCCAGGGGCCCCGGGUCCCCACGCAGAAGUCGUACUCGUCCAGUGAAACACUGAAGGCGUUUGACCAGCAUCAGGAUCAAACCAGGUUACUGUAUGGAACGACCAGGGGACACAAGGACAUGGUACACCGCGAGCAGGGCGACUUCAGCAGGCAAGGUCAGAACUUCGGCCUGCGUCAGCUCGGCAUCUGCGAGCCGGCGGCACGCCGCGGACUGGCCUUCUGCUCCGAGAUGGGCCUGCCCCACCGCGGCUACUCCGUGGGCACGGCCGGCGAGCUGGACGGCGACCGGCAGGCCGUGAUGUCCCCCGAGCACGCCAUGCGGCUCUGGGGCCGCGGGGCCCCGGUGGGGAAGACCCCCGGACGCAACUCCUGCCUCUCCAGCCGCUCCAACUCGGCGCUAACGCUCACCGACACAGAGCACGAGAACAAGUCGGACAGCGACAACGGUAAGGCUCUCUCGAGGGGACACUUGCUAUAUAUACCUCUAUACACACACACAGACACUGAACGGUGA